AAAGCUUCAAUCCCAAAAAAAAAUCUAAGUUUUUUUCCCCUCUCUUAUUGCUUAUCUUCAAUGGCUUCUCUUAGAGCUGCAAACUGUUCUUCUAACCGUGAUCUCUUCGCCAUGACCUUGAUCGUUCUUCCUCUCGUGUCGUCGAUGUUCGGAACCUCGUACGGGCAAUUGAACGCGACGUUUUACUCGGGAACGUGCCCUAACGCCUCGAGUAUCGUCCGUAACAUCGUUCAACAAGCUCUUCAAUCCGAUCCAAGAAUCGGGGCAAGCCUUAUCCGCCUUCAUUUCCAUGAUUGCUUCGUCAAUGGUUGUGAUGCUUCGAUCUUGCUCGACGGCAGCGGAAGCGUACAGAGCGAGAAGAACGCUGGUCCGAACGCCAAUUCGGUCAGAGGGUUCGGAGUCGUGGAUAAUAUUAAGACAGCCCUCGAAAACGCUUGUCCGGGCGUUGUUUCUUGCGCCGAUAUCUUAGCUUUUGCCUCUGAAUCCUCCGUUUCAUUGUCGGGAGGUCCUUCAUGGACGGUGUUAUUGGGAAGAAGAGACGGUCUAACCGCGAACCAGGCAGGUGCAAACACGUCGAUUCCUUCUCCUUUCGAAGGAUUGAGUAACAUAACCGCUAAAUUCUCUGCGGUCGGGCUAAACACUAGCGAUCUCGUCGCCUUAUCUGGAGCUCACACGUUCGGGCGAGCGCAAUGCAGACUCUUCAGCAGUAGGCUCUACAAUUUCAGCGGAACCGGAAAUCCCGACCCGAGUUUGAACACGACGUUUCUGAACAGUCUUCAGCAGCUGUGCCCUAGAAACGGAUCUGGCUCCGUAAUUACGAAUCUCGAUCUCCAAACUCCGGAUUCUUUCGACAAUGCUUACUUCGCGAAUCUGCAGACCAAUCAGGGGCUUCUUCAAUCCGACCAAGAACUGUUCUCAACUCGAGGCGCGGCCACCGUGGCGAUCGUUGCUUCUUUCGCAAGUAACCAGACGUUGUUCUUUCAGGCGUUUGCUCAGUCUAUGAUCAACAUGGGAAAUAUCAGUCCCUUGACUGGGAACAGCGGCGAGAUUAGACAAGACUGUAAGAAGGUUAAUGGCAGCUGAAGUUGAGUUUAAAAAAAUUUUGAAACUUUUUAUUAUUAUUAUUAUUUGUGAGGUGAUGUUUAGUAAAAUCACUAUAUCAACUGAUGUUCUCUUUUU